AUGUACGACAGCUUCGAUGUGGACGACAUUGCUGAUAGUGUGCUGCCCAGCUCCUUCGAUUACCGCGACCUGGAUGUGGUGAGCGUGGUGAAGAACCAGGGCGGUGCUCAGACCUGCUACCUCUUCGCCGCCCUCAGCGCCGUCGAGUCGGCCUUCAUGCUGAGCCACAGGGGCCGCCGCAACGUUUCCUUCAGCGAGAAGGACGCCUACAACUGCCUGGCGAAGCUGGGCUACAACGAUGCCCCCCAGGUGGGCGGCCAGGUGGAGACCGUCUAUCGGAUGUUCAUGGAGACGCAUGGCAUUGUCUACGAGAAGGACGCUGAGCAGUACGACUUUACGAGGAAGGACUACGAGACGCCGCCCAAG